AUGGCUUCAGCUACCAUAGAGAUUCCGUUUCUCGCGUCCCACUACGGCAUCGCCGAAGAUACACUGACGACACUUGCACAAGCUCCGACAGUUGAUCUCGUGAACCAGUUGUUACAGAGUAUAACGGUCAAGGCUCGAGAAUUCGAUGACCUGAAAUCAGAUAAGCUUCGACUUGAAGUUGAACUGGAGAAUGCCGUCCGUGCCAGCGAGUCGAAGAUCAAAGUCUUGAAGAGUUCUGUUGAGAAAGGGUUGAACGAAACAUCAACGUUGCGCACUCGUCUACAGCAGUCCGAAAAUGCCAAAUCGAAUCUCGAAUCCGAAAUCGCAACACUCAAGUCGUUCAGUACGUCGAAUGAGUCCGAAGUCAACGGUCUGAAAUCACGCAUCUCAUCUCUUGAGAGUUCGAACCGCGAUACUUUGGCUCUCCUCGAGUCCAAGACUACCGCCUACGAUAAGUUGUCCGAGGAGCUUACGGCUACUCAUCAGAAGACCGUUGAACUUAGACGACAACUCUCUACUGCAGAGCAAAACCUUCAAGCAGCAAACUCCGCGUCCACUAGUGCCCGCUUCCGAGAGCAAAGUCUGGAACAGGAACUCGAGUUGACCAAGAAAAAUAACGAAUACUUUGAAACCGAGCUCAAAGCGAAGUCCGCUGAGUACCUUAAAUUCCGCAAGGAGAAAAAUGCCAGAGUCGCUGAACUUCAACGAGAAAUCGAAGAAGCUAGCUCAACCAUUGAUCAACUCCGGCGCAGCGAAAAUACAUUGAAGAGCCGUCUAGAUGACGUUGAGCACAAAUAUGAGGAGUCAAUUGCUGCUAUGCAGUCACUUAGGGAGGAGGCUACGUCGACUUCUGAGUCACUUCGUAUUGAACUUGAAAGCGCGAACCGUUUGGCUGAGCUACAAGGCAAUGCAGCGGCAACCGCUAAACAGCGUGUGCAAGAGUGCCAGAUUGCUCUGGAGAAGGCACGUGAUGAUGCGGCAGAGGAGAUCUCGAGGCUCCGGGCUGAGAUUGAGACUGAACAUUCAGACAAGGAGGCUGCUGAACGCAAGGUUGCCGAGCUGGAAGCCAAAUUGAGCCAAGUGGAAAUGCAAGCACCAUUUAGCCCUGGUCCUAUGAAUGGUGGACCAUCUACACCAAUUCGCGCAUCGACACCUGUGGGCACAUUCUCUCCACGUACAUCCAGGGGCCGCGGUGGACUGACUUUGACACAAUUAUACACCGAGUAUGAUCGAGUAAGAAGCCAGCUUGUAGCUGAGCAACGUAACAAUGCGGAGCUCAAAGCUACUCUUGACGAAAUGGUGCAGGAUCUAGAAUCCAGCAAGCCCGAAAUUGACGAACUGCGUGCAGAUCACGCCAGACUUGAGAAUGCGGUUGUCGAAAUGUCAGAGGUCCUCGAGACCUCCGGGAAGGAGCGGGAUGAAGCGACACGUGAGGCAAGGAAAUGGCGCGGCCAAGUGGAGGGCCUUUCAAAAGAAACUGAAAUCCUUCGACAGCAACUACGGGAUCUCAGCGCACAGGUCAAGGUCCUGGUGCUCGAAGUCGCCCUUUCAAGAGAGGACCAAGAAUACGAUCGGGAGGAAUUGGUAAAGCUCGCUCGCAAUGAGAUUGAAGAAUCCAUGGCUUCUCUCAAUGCCACAGGCCGCUUCAUCACGCAGAAUCUCACUACUUUCAAGGACCUUUCGGAGCUACAGGAGCAGAAUGUCACACUUCGCCGAAUGCUCCGGGAAUUGGGCGACAGAAUGGAGAGCCAAGAAGCCCGUGAAAGAGAAUCAUCUUACCAACAAGAUCAGGAGGAGCUCAAAGAACUGCGCAUUCGAGUUCAGACUUAUCGUGAUGAGAUCAUGAAUCUUACUGCGCAAACUAAGAGCUACGUCAAGGAACGGGAUACAUUCCGUAGUAUGCUCAUGCGCAGAGGUCAAGCUGCGGGUGACAACGCUAUUUUCUCUCAGUCGGUUCCUCUUGGUUCAGCACCUCCCACAAUGCCAGAGCAAGCUGCUGAUGGCACCGAUUAUGCAGACUUACUUCGGAAAGUGCAAGCUCAUUUCGAUACCUUCCGUCAAGAAACAGCAACUGAUCAUUCUGCACUCAAACAACAAGUGAAUGACCUUUCUCGGAAGAACAGUGAACUCAUGAGUGAGAUUAGUCGAUUGACUAGUCAACUUGGUGCAGCAGCCCAAAGAACUGAGUUACUGCAAAAUAACUUUGAUCUGCUCAAGAAUGAAAACGUAGAGAUUCAGAAACGAUAUUCGAGCUUGCUGGAAAAUGUUAACCGUCAAGAUAUCAAGACACAGCAAGCUGCCGAGGAUCUAGUCGCUGCUAAAGGAAUGAUCGAUAGUCUGCAACGUGAAAAUGCCAACCUCAAGGCAGAGAAGGAUUUGUGGAAGAGCAUCGAAAAGCGGCUAAUCGACGACAACGAAUCGCUCAGGAACGAACGCGGCCGAUUGGAGUCCCUGAAUACUAACCUGCAGAAUAUACUCAACGAACGUGAACAUACCGAUGCUGAAAGCCGUCGUCGCCUCCAACACAGUGUCGAAUCCCUCGAGACCGAACUGCAGUCCACAAAACGGAAGUUGAAUGAUGAGGUUGAAGAUGCUAAACGCGCAGCUUUACGUCGUGAAUAUGAACAUGAACAGUCUCAAAAGCGAAUCGAUGAUCUAGUUACAAGUCUCAGUUCUGUUCGUGAAGAAUUGAUUGGUGUUAAGACGACACGCGACCAUCUCCAAACGAGAGUUGAUGAACUCACCGUUGAGCUCAAGACCGCUGAAGAAAAACUCCAAGUCCUGCAUUCUAAGCCUAGUGCUGCUCCAACUACAACACUACCAACGACAGACACGGAGCAAGCGCCUACCAGCGGUCUCACACGGGAACAAGAGUUAGCAAUCGAAGUAUCAGAGCUGAAGCGAGAUCUUGAACUAGCUAGAACGGAUCUGGAGCACGCAAAGGAGCAAGUAGAGGAUUACAAGGCAAUCAGUCAAGCAACAGAAGAGCGCCUACAAUCGGUUACCGAGACGCAGGAAGAAUAUCGUCAAGAAACCGAGCAACUUUUGGAAGGAAAGAACGGGAGGAUUGUGGAACUUGAGAAACGCGUUGAAGAAAUUUCUUCUGAGCUUAUUACCACCAACAACGAACUGUCCAAGUUGCGCGAUGAACAGAGCGAAAUUUCACGACGUGUUGAAGAACAGAAAACCAUCUACGAAUCUGAAAUCUCACGGCUCAAGGAUGAAGCUGAACGACAGCUUGAAAAUGCAAGGACUUAUGAACAGAGUGUACAGGCACAAGCUGAAAUCGCUCAACAUGCGCAGCAAAACUACGAGAGCGAGCUUGUUAAGCAUGCUGAAGCCGCCAAACAGUUGCAAACUGUCCGGUCCGAAGCAAAUCAACUGCGCCUUGAAAUAGUCGACGUCAAAACUCAGGCUGAGAAUGCCAAGAAAGAUUUGGUGCAGAAGGAGGAGAGCUGGAGUGAACAAAAGGACCGUUUUGAGAGGGAAAUCUCCGAUCUGCAGAAACGUCGGGAGGAAGUACUACACCAGAAUACUCUUCUACACAAUCAACUCGAGAACAUUACGAAACAGAUUACGGCUUUGCAAAGAGAUCGUGCAAACAUUACUGCGGAAGAGGAGGAAGGUCAGGGCACAGGCUCGAGUCUUGAGUCUCUUCAAGAGGUCAUUAAAUAUCUUCGAAGAGAAAAGGAGAUUGUUGACGUUCAAUAUCACUUGUCUACUCAAGAGAGCAAGCGUCUGCGUCAACAGUUGGACUACGCGCAAUCUCAGUUAGACGACACACGACUCAAACUGGAACAGCAACGCCGUGCUACUGCUGACAGUGAUCACCAAAGUCUCAGCCAUAACAAACUUGUUGAGACCUUGAAUGAACUCAACGUCUUCCGUGAGAGCAGUGUUACAUUGCGCAACCAAGCCAGACAGGCGGAAGCAGCCCUCGCAGAGAAAUCGACUCGAGUGGAUGAGCUCGUCCAACGAAUCGAACCUCUUCAAAACAAAAUCCGAGAAUUAGAGAAUCUUGUCGAAACUAAAGAUGAAGAGAUGAAACUCAUUCAUGCUGACCGUGAUCGUUGGCAACAACGCACCGAGAACAUCUUACAGAAGUACGAUCGCGUCGAUCCCACAGAAAUGGAGAACCUUAAAGAGAAGCUCUCAACUUUGGAGAAGGAGCGUGAUGAGGCUAUUGAAGCACGUGACACAUUGCAAAAACAAGUGGACGGCUUCCCGGAGCAACUCGCAAAGACUGCAGAGGAAAGUAAAGCUGAACUGCGCAGCAAGCUUACCGAACAAUUUGUAAAGCGUUCCAAGGAACUCAGUGGUCGCAUCAACGCAAAGCAAUCUGAAUUGAAUGCAGUUCAACAAGAGAAGGAAGUCAUUCAGCAGGAACUCACGAAAGCGCGGGAAGAGCUCAACCAGCUUAAAUCAACGCCAGUUGAGCAACAAACUACAGCAAUGGAAGUUGAGCCCGCCUCUGUCACUCCUGCCGUGCCCCAGCCUGCACCUUCAACUUCUCCAGGCAAUGAGGAAAAGAUUAAGGCUCUUGAAGAAAAGGUUGCUCGUCUGGAAGCUGCUUUGGCUGAGAAAGAAGCCCAGUUUGACACGAAGCUUAAGGAACGGUCCGACAAGAUGAAAGAAGCAUACAACACUAAAGUUGCGGAGCUUCGCAGAAACCACCAGCAAGAACUGGAGGCUCUUAAAUCGCAGCAGCGGCAAGCGCCUCAAGAAGCCGGUCAAACUACAGAAGUCACAAUACCCGGUACUCCUGCAAAGGCUGAAACUGGCGAAUUGCCUGAGCUUACCGACGCUCAAGCCAAAGAUCUUGUCGCUAAGAAUGAGACAAUCAAGGAUAUUAUUAAGCGCAACAUUCAACAACAGGUUAACAAAGUGAAAGCGCAAUUGCAACAGGAAGCUCGGAACCAGGCUGCGGCGGUUGCCCCAAGUCUCGAAGCUACAGCCGAGCUUGAGAGUAAACUUGCAGAGGAGCGAGAGCGUCUCAAGAAAGUGUCAGAUGAGACUAUCGAAGAGAAAGUCAAAUCAGCUGUUGAGUUAAACGACAAGAAGAUUGCCGUUAAAAUCAGUAUGCUCGAGUCGCGUGCUAAGACAGCUAUGGCGAAACUCCAGGUUGUGCAGAAGGCUGCCUCUGAGACCCCAGAGAAGCCCGUCCGGGAAGUGUGGGAGGUUGCCAAAGAUGCAAAGGCACCUCCAGCUGCUCCGACAACCCCAGCGAAACCAUCCACUCCUGCACCGGUAGCACAGGCUCAGACACCUGUCUCUACACCCUCAGUUGUCACUAAUAAGGUUGCGCCCAUUCCCGCUCCCACUCCCGCUGCUACAGCUGCUACCCCAGCUGCAGUUCCUGUUGCUACCCCGGCAGCCGCAGAGGUCCUAGCUCAACCCCAACAGCAGCAACAAGCAGCGAGCCCCUUUGCAGCAAUCAAAGAGGGCCAACAAGGUCCUCAAACUCAAGCGACUCAGCCACAGAAUGUUGCAAAUCCAUUCGCAGUAAUAAAGCAGGAUAGACAGAACCAGGCGACUCAACCAAACCAACAGGCUUCUAUACCUCCAAAACCCCCAGCUGGAGGUGUUGGUAACCAUGUCGGGCCUGGUCCGGCUACAUUGAGAGCUCUCCAGUCUGGGCUUCCAGUUGCACGAGGACGAGGUGGCGGACGCGGAGGUAGUCAAAAUGUUGGUGGAGCCCAACCCACAGAUCAGUCACAGCAAGGUCAAGUCCAAAGCCAGCGCGGUACUGGUAUGACACGAGGACGAGGGCGUGGCCGUGGUGGUCAACAUGGCCAGACCAAUGCACCUCAGAAUGCCGACCAGUCGCAAGAAAUUUCUGGUGGUAACAGAGGUGGUCUGAAUGCUGGAGCACGUCAAUUCAUCCCUCAGGGCAACAAGCGACCACGUGAAGAUGGUAGCGAGACAACUGCUGGCGACGCCGGUGGCGCAGGAAAGAGAAUCAGAGGCGGGGGGGGACAUAACCGGGGAUCAUGA